AUGGCAAUCGCCGAACCCCCCCAGACAAGCUCCAAUGGGUCGGAUCCACCGAUUUCUGCAAUCUCCCGAAUAGUGGCCCAGGGUCAUGAAAUAGUUUCUGGCACCCAAAGUUAUCCAUCCCCUGGUUCUACCUCGCUUAUCCCAAGUCAUCAAACAAACACAACAGCGGAAACUACUUCAAUACCAAGGAGUCCCAUUAUCAGCGGUCAAGUUUCCAUUCAGCAACCUAAACUCACUGGGCCAGCCUCGGCACUCGGAGAGAACUUACAAGAAGCAAGUCCACUACCCGAGAAAGUAGGCGAGAUUGGUUACAUCCCACCGGCGAGGCCGGCACGACCUCCUAAUUUGGUCACUAGAGACAGCUUACCACAGACUGAGCUUGGCGUCGAUUUAUCUCAUCCUUCUCAAAUUGCGCGUCCCGUGCGUCCCGUGCCAGCCUGGAGCCCAGCACUUUCCAGUUCGUCCCACGGGCAUAGCCCGACUCGAGCGGGCAAACCCCGUGAAAGAAUCUCGGCGCUGUCGAUGUUUUUGAAGCCGGUCUUACUGGCGGCGUUUGGAGUUGUCGUCAUUUCUCUCACUUUCGUCGGUCUAGUUCAGGUACAAGAGCGAAUCAACAACAACAACAAGAACAAUCGCGCAAAAUCGGCAUCCAAUAACAAUGAUGAUCCCUCCAGUCCAAAUAAUCGGGAUGACACAUCCUCUGAAGGCACUGACGGUAAUUCAGGAGGUGGGAACAGCGCUUCUUUCGUAUAUAUGGGCACUUUCUUCAUAGUAGCCUUACUUGUAGAGAUCUGGAUUUUUGUUGGUGCUCUAAGACGUCUCCAUCACCGACUUUGUCUAUGGGUAGACCAAGAGUAUUCCACCCAAAUUCCAGACCUAUCAGACCCCGAAGCUACAAGUCCUCCUCCGGUCUUACCUCUAUGGGCCAAAAUACUUGGAAUCAAGCCACAAGCCGUCCGAAAGCCGUUACUACCAUCUUACAUGGCCGUGCUGGGAGUUAUUAGGAAUGGGGGAAGAGCAGGAACAAAUCCGGAAGGUACAGGAGAUGUUGAGGAUGGCGAGGUGAUACGCACUUUGGCAAUUGGUCAAGGUCAAGCCGCACCUGCUUUCAAUGGAGAAGAGUUUCAAAGGUCUACCGUAAUUUUGAGCGGUCCGCCCAAACGAAAUAGUACCUCUCCAUCAGUCCGGUCAGGAGGAUUAUUGCUUAACUUGAGCAGGACGCUCACCGGUGGAUUCGGCUCUCAGAACUCGACAGACGAAAAUGUUCCCCCAGUCAAUGCCAGCAGAAGAGAUUCUGUUGCGUCGGUAACUAGUAAUGGAAGAAGAACUUCUGGGGCUCAGAACACGAUCCCAGAAGCUGGGGAACAUGUUUCGAAUGAACAUUCAAUCACAAUCGAAUUAUCUGAGGUUCCCCUCACCCGCCACGCGGCUUACAGCCACCACUCGAGGAGAGCCGCUUGA